AUGGUUUUGGCACUGUGUGGGUCACUGGUCCAUGAGCUCAGCUGGUGCCCUACCAGAGGUGGCAACCACAGAGGUCCAAACCGAGAUGACAACCCCAGGGCCCCACUAGAGUGGCAUUCACUGGGCCCAUACCAGGGGAAUCCCAAGGGGCCCCUACCAGGGCAGUGCUCCCAUGGGCCUGACAAGGACAAAAUCCCAGAGGCCUACCAGUGGGAACCACCAAGGGCCCUAAAGGCGCCCACGGGGGCUAACAAGGCCGACGUCCCAGGGGCCAUAACGUGGACAAUGCCCAGGGGCCUAGCAUGGACAACGCCACAAGGUACUCUCCCAAGGCGACGCCCCCAGGAACCCUCUUGGAACAGCUCACUCGGGGCCAACCCAAAAUGGCAUCCCAGGGGCCCUACCGGGGAGCCGCCCUCAGGGGCCUUUGAGGGGUCUUACCAGGGUGACGCCACCAGGGAUCAUACCAAGAGCGGCACCCUCAGGGGCCCUAAUAGGGGCGGCACCUGGGGCCGUACCCGUGGUGGCGCCCACAGGGGACAACAAGGGACAGGUCCUCAAGGUCCCUACAGGGGUGGUCCCAGCGACCCUACCAGGCGUUCUCUGGAGCCCUACAAAGGCUGCACACCAAGGUUCCCUACCAGGAGUUAUAAAAGCACAAAAACAACUGCCCCAGAGUUCCUACAGGGGCGACGCCCCCAGGGGCCCUACCAUGGACAACGCCACCAGGUAACCAUUCAAAGGCCACGCUCCCCAGAGACCCUCUUGGGACGGCCCCUCAUGGGCCGACCAGGAAACGGCAUUCCCAGAGACCUAUGCGGGAGCCGACAACAGGGUCCUACCAGGGAUGGCGUCCCCAGGGGCCCAACCAGGAGCAGUGCCACCAGAGGCCCUACACAGGGACGGGGUCCUCAGGGAGUUCCUACAGGGGCGAAGCCCACAGGGGCCCAACAAGGCCGACGCCCCCAGGGGCCUACGAGGGAUAACGCCAUAAGGGAACCAUCCAAAGGGCCCCCCCCCCCCCAGAGACCAUCUUGGGACGGCUCCCUCAGGGGCCGACCACGAAACGGCAUUCCCAUAGGCCCUACGCGGGAGCCGCAUACAGGGGUCCUACCAGGGAUGGCGUCCCCAGGGGCCCAACCAGGAGCAGUGCCACCAGGGGCCCUACAAGGGACGGGGUCCUCAGGGGUCAUGAAAGGGGGGCGAAGCCCACAAGGGCCUAGCAAGGCCGACGCCCCCAGGGGCUGUACCACGGACAACGCCACCAGGGAACCAUCCAAAGGGCCACGCUCCCAGAGACCCUGUUGGGACGGCUCACUGAGGGGCCGACCACGAAACAGCAUUCCCAGAGGCCCUACGCAGGAGCCGCCCACAGGGAUCCUACCAGGGAUGGCGUCCCCAGGUGCCCAACCAGGAGCAGUACCACCAGGGGCCCUACAAGGGAUGGGGUCCUCAGGGGUCAUAAAAGGAGCGAGGUCCACAGGGGCCCUACAAGGAACGGUGCUCCUCGGGGCCCUAGGGCCUAGCAAGGCCGACGCCCGCAGGGGCUCUACCAAAGACAAUGCCACCAGGGAAUCUCGCAAGACGACUCCCCAGUAUACCCUCAUGGUGCUGCUCCCUCAGGGGCCUACCCAGAAACGGCAAUCCCAGGGGCCCUACCAAGGGAGCUGCCCACAGACGUCCUACCAAGGGCCCUCUGCGGGGUACUACAAAGGGUGGCGUCCCGAGGGGCCCUACCAGGAGUGGCGCCACGAGGAACCCUACCAAGAAUGGGACCUUCAGGGGCCCUACUAG